ACUACACAAAAUUUAAAAUUAAUUACUAAACAAUUUUACAUUUUCAGACAAACGUAACAAUAUGCUAAUGCUAUAUUGAUUUCACACAUGAUUUUGCCCUUGUUAUAUUACUUUUGUUACAUAAAGUGCUUAUCUACUUGAGGUUAUAAACCGCUUGCGGAGUACACGUAUGCAGUCAUAUUUCGUGAAGAAUUCGUGUUUUAUUAGAUUAUUUGUUUGAAAUGACACAAAGUGCAUAAAAUCAAGACUCCAAGAUAUCAUGCUCCCGCUUAUACAAAAGGAUACGCGGCCAUCGCGCGGGCCCCUAUCAGGAGUGCGUGAAAAGUUACAAAAUUGGUUUCGUUUAAUAUUAUCGGACAAGAAUUCUCGAAAUUUGUUCCUUUUCCUCUUAUUAAAUUUAUCUUUUGCAUUUGUUGAAUUAUUUUAUGGUGUGUGGACGAACAGUUUAGGUCUUAUAUCUGAUGCAUUCCAUAUGUUCUUUGAUUGCACUGGGCUGGUAGCUGGUCUAGCAGCAUCUCUGGUAUCAAAAUGGCGUGCAAAUGAAAGAUUUUCAUAUGGAUAUGCAAGAGCAGAAGUAUUAGCAGGCUUUGUUAAUGGUCUGUUUCUGCUGUUCAUAGCUUUCUUUAUAAUGAGUGAAGCUGUAGAAAGAGCUAUAGAACCACCGGAGGUCAAACACGAACGUUUGCUGCUCGUCUCGAUUCUCGGAUUUUUGGUAAACAUGGUUGGGAUAUACGCGUUCCACCAUGGGCACGGGCACGGACACGGCGGCCACGGGCACUCGCACGGCGGCCACGGCCACUCGCACAACCACGACCACGGCCACUCUCACGGCGACAUCGAGGCGCCCACCGGCGCUGGCUCUGCUAUCAUGCGGGGAGUCUUCCUCCACGUGCUCGCCGACACCCUCGGCUCCGUCGGCGUCAUAAUUUCCGCCAUACUGAUGAGAAUGUUCGGUUGGAUGCGGGCAGACCCCAUCUGCUCGAUGGCGAUCGCGCUGCUGAUCGCCGCUAGUGUUAUACCUUUAGUGCGGGACUCCGCCGGUGUGCUAAUGCAAAGGACUCCGACGUCUUUAGAACGCGCUUUGCCUAAUCUGUUCACUCGUGUGGUGGGGUUAGCAGGAGUCCAUGCUGUACAAGAGCCUCACUUCUGGACUCUCUGUAGUGACGUUCAUGUUGGUGCUAUGAAACUCGAGGUGGCUAGGGAAGUCGAUCCCAGAUAUGUUACCGAGCAAGCCGCGAGAAUCUUCCGAGAGGCGGGAGUGAAACAUCUCACUGUUCAAUUAGACUAUUCUCCUCUUUGAUCGUAAACAACGACUGUGUUGUAAAUAAUUGAAAUAG